CACUCAACAUCAUAUUAUACACAUACGUAACACGAUGACGAUCUCAUCCAACCAUUAUUACUAUUUUGCAACACUUACUAUAGUACUCUUGAUCGUGCCAUCCGACGCACAAUUAUCUUCGACGUUCUACGACAUUACAUGCGCCGAUGCGCUGAGUACAAUCCGUUUGAACAUCACGAGGGCCGUGGCCAACGAGCAGAGGAUGGCGGCCUCCCUUAUUCGCCUCCACUUCCUCGAUUGCUUCGUUCAGGGGUGUGACGCAUCAAUCCUAUUGGAAGAUGAGAGCGGAGAAAGAGCUGCAGUGCAGAAUGCCAAUUCUGUUAGAGGGUUCGAAGUGGUGGAAGCCGCGAAGCAAGCAGUGGAGGCGAUAUGCCCCGGUGUGGUGUCGUGCGCGGACGUGCUGGCAGUGGCUGCGCGUGAUGCAACGGUGGCGGCUGGAGGGCCUUCGUGGAUAGUGAAUCUAGGGAGGAGGGAUUCCCCCUUGGCCGCCACCAUUGAUGUUGCUGAAAACGAUCUUCCUAGGGGCAAUGAUCCUCUGCAAACCCUAAUCACCAAAUUUGCAAACAAAAACCUAAACCAAACGCAUAUGGUUGCUUUGUCAGGGGCUAAAACUAUUGGGCAAGCGCGAUGUGUGACAUUCCGGGACCGGAUCUACAACACCCAGGGCCUCGACCCGGAAUUUGUGAGGAUGCGGCAGAGCGACUGCCCUCAAACCGGCGGCGACGACAAUCUGGCGCCGUUGGAUGAGGUGACACCGACCGAUUUCGACAACAAUUACUUUAGGAAUCUGCAGCGUGGGAGAGGUCUGCUGGAAUCGGAUCAAGUUCUUUUCAGCCAACAACUCACCAACAGCAUUGCGCAGGAAUACAUCAACAGUGCUGACAGAUUCAAAUUGGAUUUCGCCGCAGCCAUGAUCAGAAUGGGCGAUAUCCAACCAUUAACGGGUGCAAAUGGGUUAAUUAGAUCGACGUGUGCUUCUUCCAAUAAUUGACACAUUCAAAAUUCAGUGUUAUACACCGUGUGCUAUCAUCAUUUUCAUCCUCAUGUUUGUUUUGUCAAAUUAAAGUGCAUUAUCAGUUUUUCAAUGAUAUAUAUGUUGUCUUUUACUUUCAUAUUUGUAAUAUCUUAUAAAAAUAACACUUCUAUUUUUAA